AUGUCAAAAAAAGAACUAAUUCAACAAGCGGUUAAGAUAAGAUGCCUUGUGGCGGCCGGUAAGGCUUCUCCUACGCCACCGAUCGGACCGACAUUAGGUCAACGCGGUGUGAAAGCCAUUGAUUUUUGCAAACAAUUCAACGAACGUACAAAGAAUUAUGAGGCCGAUAUACCAAUACCGACUAUCAUUACAAUCAAUCCUGAUCGUUCCUUCACUUUUAUUACAAGGUUGCCACCUGUCUCUUGGUUUUUGAAACGUGCUGCAGGGGUUGAAAAAGGUUCAAGCAAGCCGGGCAUUGAAUUCGUUGGCAGAAUUAGUCUAAAACACGUUUAUGAGAUCGCUUUGAUUAAAAGUCAGCAGGAUAAUAUGUCGGAUUUCGAUUUAAGAAAUAUUUGUAAAUCCAUUAUUGGAACUUCAAAAAGUGUUGGAAUCGAAAUCGUUCCUUAA